CUAAUCGGCCUCUGCUCAAUAAAGUUAGACUCAUCUGAAGGCACACCGAGUGACAAUUUGCCCGUCGAUCCUUCUCGGCGCGGUGGUGUCCUAGGGUUUCUCAGUCGGAGGGAAGGAGACGGCGAGUGGGACGAGAUCCCAGUUCUUGUCGUCGGAAGCAUUGUGCAGGUGUCUGCUAGGUCUGUCACCCCGCGCUGGCCGUGGGAUCUAGGGAGGAUCGGCGACAAUGAGUAGUUUGGUGGAGCGACUCCGAGUGAGGUCCGAGAAGCGGCCUCUCUAUAACCUUGACGAGUCCGACGACGACGAUUUCGUCGUCUCCAAGGCAUUGAAGAGAAAGCUGGAGGAGAAACCGGCCGAAAAGUUUAAGAGGGUUGACGCGAAAGAAGAUUCAUGCCAAUUUUGUGGGGCCAGUGAGAGCCUCAUUAACUGUACUACAUGUACCUAUGCUUUUCACAAAGGGUGCUUAUACCCUUCUUCCAGAGCACUUUUAGGUGAUACAUGGAGCUGUCCUGAAUGUGUGAGCCCCUUAACUGAAGUUGAAAAGAUUUUAGAUUGUGAAAUGCGCCCGACAAUGGCAGAUAAGAAUGAUUCUACCAAGUUUUUUUCAAGUCAGACUAAAGUCAAACAAUAUCUUGUUAAAUGGAAAGGGUUUUCAUACCUUCAUUGCACUUGGGUUCCCGAGAAAGAAUUUAUAAAAGCUGCCAAGACUCAUCCUCGAUUGAAGAGUAGGUUAAACACUUUCCACAAACAAAUGGAAACAUUGAAUAAGUCAGAUGAUGAUUGGGUGGCUAUUCGUCCUGAGUGGACCACUGUCGACAGAGUCCUUGCUAGCAGGAAUACUGGUGAUGAGCGUGAAUAUUUUGUAAAAUGGAAAGAACUUGCUUAUGAUGAGUGUACAUGGGAAGUGGGGUCUGAUAUUUCCACCUUCAAGCCUGAUAUCGAAAGAUAUGAAAUGAUUCAAUCGAGACGUCCAAAGAAAUCCCGCAGUAAGAGUAAAAGUCUUAACCCCAAUUUAGAGUUGAAGCAAAAACAGAAAGACUUUCAACAAUAUGAUGCCACUCCAGAAUUUCUUUCUGGUAAAUUGCAUCCAUAUCAACUUGAGGGCUUGAAUUUCCUGAGGUUUUCAUGGUCUAAAAGUACACAUGUCAUCCUUGCUGAUGAGAUGGGUCUUGGAAAGACCAUACAAAGCAUUGCCUUUUUAGCUUCUUUGUUUGAAGAGAACAUCUCUCCUUAUUUAGUGGUUGCACCACUAUCAACACUGCGCAACUGGGAGCGUGAGUUUGCAACCUGGGCUCCACAUAUGAAUGUUGUGAUGUACGUUGGAUCUUCCCAGGCUCGUGAGGUUAUUAGGAAAUAUGAGUUUUAUUACCCAAAACUUAAGUCUAAGAAGCAUAAAAAAAAGAAGCUUAUUCAAUCUAGUAACCAAAAUAAACAAGCACGGAUCAAGUUCAACGUACUGUUAACCUCAUAUGAAAUGAUUAACAUGGACUCAGCUGUUCUAAAGUCUAUAGAAUGGGAGUGCAUGAUUGUGGAUGAAGGCCACAGACUGAAGAACAAGGAAUCCAAAUUAUUCCAUUCACUCAAACUCUACUCAACAAAACAUCGUGUACUUUUAACUGGAACCCCUCUUCAGAACAACCUGGACGAGCUAUUCAUGCUUAUGCACUUCCUUGAUGCAGGAAAGUUUGCAAGCAUCGAAGAUUUCCAGAAGGAGUUCAAGGAUAUAAAUCAGGAAGAGCAAAUUGAUAGGCUUCACAAGAUGCUGGCCCCACACCUCCUAAAGAGAGUAAAGAAAGAUGUUAUGAAGGAUCUUCCUCCAAAGAAGGAAUUAAUUUUAAGGGUUGAGUUAAGUAAUGUGCAAAAAGAAUAUUAUAAGGCCAUCCUCACUCGUAAUUACCAAAUACUUGCUCGUCGUGGCGGGCCUCAGAUAUCACUCAUCAAUGUUGUUAUGGAACUUCGUAAGCUAUGCUGCCAUGCAUAUAUGUUGGAAGGUGUAGAACCUGCAAUUGAACCAACUGAUGCUAAUGAAGGUUUCAGACAACUUUUAGAUGCUUCUGGGAAAAUGCAAUUGUUGGAUAAAAUGAUGGUGAGGCUCAAGGAACAAGGUCAUAGGGUUCUUAUAUAUACACAGUUUCAACAUAUGCUGGACUUGUUGGAAGAUUACUUGAGCUACAAUAAAUGGACCUAUGAACGAAUUGAUGGGAAAGUUAGUGGAUCUGAAAGACAAAUACGAAUAGAUCGUUUUAAUGCCAAGAAUUCAACCAAGUUUUGUUUCCUUCUUUCUACUAGAGCUGGUGGAUUGGGUAUAAACCUUGCAACUGCUGAUACUGUGUUCAUCUAUGAUAGUGAUUGGAAUCCACAUGCAGAUCUUCAAGCCAUGGCAAGGGCUCAUAGGCUAGGCCAGACUAAUAAGGUUAUGAUAUAUAGGCUGAUCACUAGAGGAACAAUUGAAGAACGGAUGAUGCAAAUGACAAAAAAGAAAAUGAUACUGGAGCAUCUGGUUGUUGGUCGGCUCAAAUCCCAAAACGUUAAUCAGGAGGAGUUGGAUGACAUAAUAAGAUAUGGUUCAAAGGAGUUAUUUGCUGAUGAAAGUGAUGAAGCUAAAGCUCGUCAAAUACACUAUGAUGAUGCAGCAAUUGAUAGAUUGCUCAAUCGUGACCAUAUUAAUGGUGAAGAAUCUUCAGUUGAUGAAGAGGAUGAUGGUUUCCUAAAAGCUUUUAAGGUGGCGAAUUUUGAGUACAUUGAUGAAGUGGAAGCUGCAGCUGCUCAAGAAGAAAAAAUGAAGAAGCAACUGGAGGCUGAGAGAGCUUCUAACUCUAACACUGACAGAGCAAACUACUGGGAUGAACUGCUGAAAGACAAGUUUGAGGUUCAGCAAAUUGAAGAGCUCACAGCUAUGGGCAAGGGUAAACGCAGUCGUAAACAGAUGGCAUCUGCUGAGGAUGAUAUCACUGGUGUUCAAGAUGUGAGUUCCGAAGAUGAGGAUUACAGUUGUGAAGAUGAUUUGAGUGAUACUGAAUCUAAUCUACCAGGAAAUGUGGCUGGAAGAAGGGGCCCAUAUUCAAAGAGGAAACUACGUGCUGAUUAUUCAGAGCCACUUCCUUUAAUGGAGGGUGAGGGGAAAUCUUUCAGGGUUCUUGGUUUCAAUCAUAACCAGAGGUCUUUAUUCCUGCAAUUGGUCAUGAGGUUCGGCUUUCAGGAUUAUUCAUGGAAGGAAUAUCUUCCCAGAAUAAAGGGGAAGAGCUGGCAAGAGGUUCAAGAUUAUGCUGAACUUUUCAUGAGACAUCUCCAGGAGGAUAUGACAGACUUGCCCAAUUUUUCAGAUGGUGUUCCCAAAGAAGGAGCGCGUAUCGAGGAUAUAUUGAUUAGAAUAGCACAUAUUCAAUUGAUAGAAGAGAAGAUGAAGUUCAUCGCGGAACAUCCAGCAGCUAAGCUUUUCUCAGAAGAUAUAAUGGUGCAUUUUCCUGGCCUGACUGCAAGAUUUUGGAAAGAAGAACACGAUCAAUCACUGCUGAAAGCUAUGUUGAAGCAUGGUUAUGCUCGAUGGCAAUAUAUCAUAGAAGACGAAGAAAUAGGGAUAGCUGAUAUUGUCCGUAGGGAGUUAAAUAUUCCUGGCAGGUCAUUUUCUGGAAGUGUUCAUACUAAUGAGAAUGUUGAUUCUGUUCCAACUGCAAGUAGUGCUAACAAUAGUAAUGGGAUUCCUGAAUCUUUAAAAGACGGCUACAGCUCGUAUCAGUCAAGAGAAUUGCAAAGAAGGGUUGUUGAAUUCAUAAGGAAGAGAUAUUUUCAUUUAGAAAAAGCUUUAGAAUUUGAAUGUUUUAAGAAAAAAUAUGUAAGUGAGCAGCUGACUCAAGAUCCACAAGUUGAUACAAAGGUUUCAGAAACAAGUAAUCUUAACAUGGAUAUCACCGAACUGUUGGGGCAAAUGCCUGCUGUGGAACAGAUACCUCCAGAAGAUCUUGCCUGUGACAAGAAAGAUGUCCGAGUAGGAUUGCACCGACUUUAUAACGAGAUGUGCACUGUAAUAGAAGAAAAUACUAUCGACUCGGUGCAUGCACACUUAGGCGAUACCUCCGCUGUUUCUAGGAUGAAAAAGAGCUUUCAUCAGCUAGAGACUAUCCACGAUGAUGUGUGCCAAAUUAUUGCAGAGUCAAAUCAACCGGCAGUUGCUGAAAAACCCCAAGUACAAACUGUAGGAGAUGCAACCCAACCAUGUAGCAAAUCUGAAUCCCAAUCUCAAAAGGAUGAAAAAUCACAGGAGGUGAACGUGUCACAUGGACAAUUCAGGGAAACAAUUGGGGCAGAGACUUGCAAGGAUCCAUCAUCAGAAAGAGUGAUUGCCGUUGAUGAUUAAUAUAAUGUCAUCAUUAUCGUAGGUUAAGUAAUUGUCAGGCUAAUUUGACCGCACGUUGACUAAUUGAAUGCAAUCAGCCUUUUUGCUCUUGUAUAGGCAUACGGUGUUGUGACUAUACAUCUGUUCUGAAUGUUUACAAAUAGUGGAGCAUUGUUACGUCACCAAA